AGAGUCGGUGCAGCAGUGCAGUAUAAUGGGAGCGCAGGAAACCCAGAGCGCCUCAUAGGGGGCUGUAUCCUCGCUGCUGCUGCUGUCUCCUCUCCUCUGCUCGUCUCUCUCUCUCUCUCUCUCUCUCUCUUCUCUGUAUCUCUCUGUCUCUCGCCCUCUCUCCUCCUCACCUCCAGCCCAUGCUCGGGCUCUCUCCCCUCCUGCUCCUCCUCCUCCUCGUCUCUGGAUCCGUACCCUUCGACAUGGACGUCCCGCCGUCCCUCGACCCGGAGGAUUGUUGUCGUUUCUUGGCGCAGUGAAGGAGGAGAAGGGGAAGAAGACGGGAUCAUGCCGGGACUGCUAAUGGAUUUAGGGAAAGCGCAAGUGACCAUGCCGUGAUCUUGCGCAUCCAGGGCCGCCGUCACCCUGCCUUGCCCAGCGUCCGUAGAAGAAUCACGGGGGAAUCGAACCCGCGCUCCGGGUGGAUUAAAACCACUGUGCAUUUUUUCCACAACAACAUGAAGAUUACCUCCCAUCAUCUGAUGAUAAGCAGUCUCGUUUUCAGGUCCAACCUCAGGCUGAUCCCGCUGAUUCUGCUGCUCUUUCUUGGUUACUCUCGCGGGAUGCCGCACGUUUUAAGAUUUGGUAAGAAGGAGAAGAACCUCCUCUCUCUGUAUCUCUGUCUGUUUGUCUGUUUGUUUGUGAUUUCAUGCACACAGAUGUCAGACCUCCUGGUCUGUCUGUCUUAGAUGUCUCUGUGAACAUGUCUCCUGAUGAUGCAGGAGCACAGAGACAUCCUGUACCACAUUAGUUUGAUGUUUGACUAAAACCAUGGCAGCAUUUGUUGAUCUUCCUGUUGUACUCGGACUCUCUCUGAGGUUACAUAAACCUCCGGGCUGGUUCCUCUGACUCGGUCUGAGGUGAACCGGGUCUGACUUCAACCCUGGAGCAGGUAACUUCAGAGAAAAUCAGGAGGAGCAGAAAAAAGACAAAAACUCCAAAAAACGAGCAACAGUUCAGAGGAAAACAUGCAGCUGAUCAAAGUCUACCUCUCUCUCUCUCUCUCUCUCUCUCUCUCUCUCUCUUACUCUCUCGUAUCUCUCUCUCUUGCUCCUGUAUCUCUCUCUGUCUCUCUCUCUCUUUCUCUCUCUCUCUCUCUCUCUCUCUCUCUUUCUCUUGUAUCUCUUUCUCUCUCGCUCCUGUAUAUCUCUCUCUUGUAUCUCUCUUUCUCUUGCCCCCCCUUCUCUAUCUCUUUCUCUCUCUCUCUCUGUCCCUUUCUCUCUGUAUCUCUCUAUCCUCUCUUUCUCUAUCUCUCUCUCAUCUCUCUCUCACUCUCUCUCCCUCUCAUAUCUCUCUCUCUUUCUCUCCCUCUUGUAUCUCUCCUUCUCGUAUCCCCCCUUUCUCUCUCACUCUCGUAUCUCUUUCUUUCUCCCCCUCUCUCUUCCUCACCCCCGUUCUCUCUCUCCCCCUCUCUCUUGUAUCUUUCUCUCCCCCCUUCUCUCUCCCUCUCUCUCUCUCUCUCCCUCUCUAUAUCCCCUCUGCCCCCCCCCCCCCCCCCCUCUCUUUCUCUCUCCCUCUCUCUCUCCCCCUCUCUUUCUCUCUCAUAUCUCUUUCUCUCUUUCUCCCCCCCUCUUGUAUCUCCCCCCCUUCUGUCUCACUCUCUCUCUCCCUCUCAUAUCUCUCUCUCUUUCUCUCCCUCUUGUAUCUCUCCUUCUCGUAUCCCCCCUUUCUCUCUCACUCUCGUAUCUCUUUCUCUCUUUCUUUCUCCCCCCUCUUGCUUCCUCACCCCCUUCUCUCUCGUAUCCCCCCCAUCCCCCCUUUCUCUCUCGCCCUCUCUCUCUCUCCCCCCCCCCCCCCCCCCCGUUCUCUCUCUCUCUCCCUCUCUCUGUCUCUCGCCCCUUCUUAAACCUGCUGACACUCGGACAAAUCCUCCGCAGUAAAUGUUUACAUGUAAACAUCACCCCCUGAGUGUGGAUCAAUCACUCCGAUCCGUCACCCUGCCCCGAUCAAUACGCCGGGCGUUACUUUUUCCUCAUGACUCCCUCUGAAGUGCGGCGUCCUCCUGACUCGGGUCUGUGCGUCGGCGUUGAUGAUGUGGAGGUUAUUUCCUGAGUCACAGAUGUGGACGGGAGCGUCUGUCUCCUAAAGUGAAGCUGGUGACUCUGAAUCAUUGAUCAGGCUCUCGUGUUGAAGAGCGGCUCGUAUUGCCUGACAGAGCGCUGAUAUAAUUGGAGAUGAUUAUUAAAGUACUUCCUCAACACUCGCUGAUUAUAAACUUGAAUAUUGAGCCGUUCUCGCCCGCCGUGCUCCCGCUCUAAAAUCACUCCAUCACGGCGUCCUCCUGUGGUUUCUCCUCCGCCUAAUUAGAUCUGUCUCAGGAUGCCUGUUUUUGCCUCUCUCUGCGUCUCUACAGAGGACAUCUUGGAGUGACAGCCCGCCCCCCGCCCCCCAACCCAACAGCAGAUGUCAUCAAGUGUUGACAACACAUCCUUACAAUCUCACCGUUUCCCCCAGGGUCCUGUUUGAGAGUCAGGCCGCGUCCGCAGGAGCCGCCGCCAUGGCAACGGGGAUGUGCUUGUCUUCCUAGCAUCCUCGGCUCCGAUGUGUGAUUUCCCGUCUCACACGUUGUCUGACAGACACGGGGCGUCUAUUCGCUAAUCCGCCGGGGAUGAAAAAGUCCCUGCGUGACGGUAUUUGACAGGAAAGUUUCCAAGCUGUUAAAUGACGAGUUUAUUCAGCGGGAGGAGGAGGGUCGACUCCGACCGUGGGGGGGGGGGGCAGCACUUUGUACACAGAUCAGACUGGAGAUCCUGGUUACCAUGGCUGAGAUCUGACAGGCCGGGUCUGUGAGGCGACAGGUAUUAGAGGUGUAAACCAUCCGCCUCACGCCGCUGUGAUGGCUGCGUUAAGGUGACGCUCCUGCUCGCCUUCGCUCGGGUUGGCAGAGAUGAAAGCUGAGUCUCUGUCUGUGGUCCUGAAAAAGCCUCUGUUCAGAACCGCGGCCCACAACCCGGCUCUCGAGCGGCCCUGGUCCUGAACAAGAAGCUCAUUGUCUGUGUUUGUUGGAGUCUCUGCGAUCCUCAGUCCUCUGGUUUUAUUUCUGUCCCACUUCAAACGUCUCUGUCGUCAAUGUCUCCAUAAUUCAUCCUCUAUAGAGAAACACGAUCCGCUGAUGUUCGGUCUUUCUGCUCGUAAAGGAGGGAAGUUCUAAGAGAGAGAGAGACGCCGAUAGGGAAGUGAGUGGGUGAUUUUAUCAACACAAGAAAAUGUAUGUCAGAGAGUGUGAGCGCCGGAGCCGGGAGACGGCAGGAGAAAAGUCUUCAGAGACAAAGGAGUGGGUUUUUUUUCUCCUCCUGUCCUGCAGGAUGUGCUUACUCAGCAGAUCCUCCCCAGCUGCUCCUGCAGGAGGUUCACUAAACGAGGAGGUCGUCUCCCAUGAGCCCGUCUGUUCCCUUUUCCUGCCCCAAGUUCCCCGUUCGGCCCAGACAGGUAGUUCAGGUUGUACGAGCGCUGUUCUGCUGUCACCCCGAGACCUUUACACACACACACACACACGCACACACACACACACGCACACACACACACACACACACACACACACACACAGUCAGCUCUCUGUGUUCAGAAGUGUUCGGACAAAUCAAACACGCCGAGCUCAUUUCCACGCCGAGUUCUGGCGUUCGGCGUCCCUCCGUUAUAAAUCCUACAGGUCGGUCAUCGACUCGGAUCCUGAACUAAACUCAGAGCGGCUCUGAUCAGCGCGAAUAAAACACUCCAGACAGAAGGUUCACACUCGCCUUCAGGGGCCCUGAAUCAGACCUGAACUGUCAGACACCCGGAGAAAAAACAGGGUUUUUAGUUUUCACUCAGAAACUGAACCUGGAUCAGAAUCUAAAGGUGAGUUAAAGUCAUUCAGAGAUAUUAAAGUUAUGACUGUAGGUCUGUGAAGAUCAGAAUUAUAUUCAUAUUUAGCCCAGAUGAGGCUCUAAACUCCGAGUCUGUCUGUGUCAGCUGCAGUUAAAGGGAUUUCUCCUCUGUCACAGUCGGAACGGCGUCUUCUUCUGCUCCUUCAAACAAACACGAGUCGACACGGCCGCCUCGCCAUCACAUCACUAAUCAAGUUUAGCUCCAGGACGGAUUUACAGAAAGUCAAACAGAAGAGGACCAACAAUCAAAGCGAGGCCGCGUCUGAAUCCUGAUGACCGGAGUUGGUCUGCGGCGUUGAGCUUGAGUGAUAACAUUAUCGCCGCCAUCUUCGCUGGCAGACGCCGGCUGUAUGUCCCUGGGCUGUCAGCGGCUGCUGAACGCAUUGUUGACUCAGAGAAGCUCAUUUCUGCUUGUUUAUUUCCUGCUCAUGUUUAGAUGUUUCCCCCGCACAGACAUGUCUGGGAAUAUUUAUGACUAAAACACAACAUUGUGUUUUUUUUUAAUUCAUUUUGGAAACGGAGAGAAAGCCUUGUUUUGGUUUUUUUCUUUGGUCCUCUGGCAGAAAGCUCAAUCCCCUCUGGUAAGCCGUGUUUAUCUAACUGCCUCCACAAUGCUGCGCCAGGAUAAAGGUCUUUUAUUGCAUUUCUAAUAUUCUCUGUUUUUUCAUCCUCCCCCCUCAGCUGUGUUUCUGCCGGCCAAAUGACAAGGUUGUGGAGAAGGGGAGCGGGAACACGUUCAAGGGGAGUUUGCGGUUAAUUGACUUUAUUUACUUGUUGUAAUUAUCAUCACGCCGGAGUUUAGUUAAGUUUGGGAUUGCAGGAAUUAGAGCUAACACCCUGCGCUCUGGCCCCGUGCCGACACGUUCGCAGCGAACACGUCGAAAAAGGCGCAAAGCUGCUUAAAAUAUUCCUGUGUCACUUGGCCCUGCUUAUAGAAAUCUGAAACUAUCUCCUCUCUGCUGGCAAAUGAUUUCCAUGGUUUAAAAAUACCCACCGUGGGUUUCAAGAACAAAAAGGAGAUCUGUCUUACAUUAGCAUGCAGCUCCACACACACGCGGGCGAGCGGGCGGGCGGGCGAGCGAGCGAGCGAGCUGGGAGCGGGGAACUAUCCGGAUGAAUUUCUUUAAACAUGUUUACAGUCCGGGGUCUUUGAAGGUCUGGCUGCUGUCAUGCCUCGCUUACUAAAGGCUGAAUGGUGAUUAAUUUAGGGAACAGAUUUCCUGCGAAUGGGAAAUAUCCGUGAGGUAUGAAAUUAGUUUUCUUCUGCUUAGCAUUUAGUCAAUUUUUAGAUUUUCCAGCUGCUUUUGAAGAGAUUAUUUACAGGAAGCGGGCGCUCCGUCAUCGACCUUGUUUUCAGGAUACGAACCCCCGUCUGCUGACACUUCUGGGUCCUCCUGUAGUCCUUUACAGCCUCUGUGACGGUUCGACUCCUCGGUGGGCUUUCAUAAGUCUCAGCCUAUCACUCUCUGUCAUUGUCAGGCGAGGUGUUCCCGCCGUAACUGAGGGGGUUAGAGGGUUAUGUGUGCAAUUGUUGUGUGAAACUGUCCCCUGAGAAGAGCGGCUCUGCAGCUCGUCUCUCUGCCUCUCAGCUGACUGAAGGUCAGAGCCGAAGACGCUCAGAAGACAUCUUUUAUGGUUUGCAUCUUUUAUCACAUGUGCAGCUGUCCUCCUCACGGUCCCACCCGGGGAGACGGAAGACAAUUUGAAGUCACUUAGAGGUGUAAGAAAAGCAAAAAGAGUGAUUUUUAGAGAGGGAGGGAAAACUGUGAGUGUAGAGGCACAGAGAGAGAGAGAGAGAGAGUAAAGAUGGAUUAGUUUGCCUGUAAGCAGUCCACUCUCAGCCCACUCUCACUUGUGAUCUUUUAUUGCUGUUUUCUGAUGGCUUCAGACAGAAAGGGACUGUAGAGUGUGCUGUGAAAAUAUAGUGGGAGGCCUGGAGACAUGCUCUGCAGCUCUGAGUCAACGCCAGCGUAGUGGAGUUUAGUGAGACGAGAAUUAACCACGGAGACGCUCAGAAGGAGUUUAACAGCAAAGACAAAGAGAAAAAAAACGUCAAAAUCAAAAGGAUCCAUUUCAGUUCUGUGGGGAACUCCUCCGAACAGAGACGAUUUCUGCUCCUCCAUUGUGUCUCAUUACAUAUUUGGCUGUCUGUACUCCCAGUAGACUGGUGGGAACCAAUAAUCAAUAUGUUUGUACUGCAAGAGGAAUAAUGAAAAAGAAACUGGCAGAAAAACACGAAGACGCUGCCAAGUCCCAGCGUGGGUCUCUAUCACACGAUACCAUCUGUCAGGACGACGCAAACACACGAGGAGAAGAAAUCACACAUCUCAGUGGAAUAAAUACAAACGUGUGAAUUUAUGAUGGUAUUAAACUCUCGAUUCUGAUUGGUCCUGACCUCAUAAUGAUGACAUAUGAACUCAGUCCACUCCCCCUCUGUGCGAUAACAGUGUCAGCCUCCUCUCAGUAAACAUCGUGUGACACCGUUAGCUUCCUGUUGUACUCUAAGUCAACACACGUGUUUUCAGUCAGUCCGUUUACACGCACAAUCUGACUUCUCUCCUUGUCCGCACAGUGCAACUAAAAAUAGAUGUGUGCGAAUUGUAAAAUGUAUUUAGUGUGCGUAAGAAAAUCAGCCGAGGCAACGAAUGUUAUUUCCUGUAAAUACGGCGGUGAAGUUAGUUUGAGGUUGGAUAUAUUUUCCUGUAAAUACGGCGGUGAAGUUAGUUUUAGGUUGGAUAUAUUUUCCUGUAAAUACGGCGGUGAAGUUAGUUUGAGGUUGGAUAUAUUUUCCUGUAAAUACGGCGGUGAAGUUAGUUUUAGGUUGGAUAUAUUUUCCUGUAAAUACGGCGGUGAAGUUAGUUUCAGGUUGGAUAUAUUUUCCUGUAAAUACAGCGGUGAAGUUAGUUUAAGGUUGGAUAUAUUUUCCUGUAAAUACGGCGGUGAAGUUAGUUUUAGGUUGGAUAUAUUUUCCUGUAAAUACAGCGGUGAAGUUAGUUUUAGGUUGGAUAUAUUUUCCUGUAAAUACAGCGGUGAAGUUAGUUUCAGGUUGGAUAUAUUUUCCUGUAAAUACGGCGGUGAAGUUAGUUUCAGGUUGGAUAUAUUUUCCUGUAAAUACGGCGGUGAAGUUAGUUUUAGGUUGGAUAUAUUUUCCUGUAAAUACGGCGGUGAAGUUAGUUUCAGGUUGGAUAUAUUUUCCUGUAAAUACUGCGGUGAAGUUAGUUUUAGGUUGGAUAUAUUUUCCUGUAAAUACGGCGGUGAAGUUAGUUUUAGGUUGGAUAUCUGAUGGACAUUCUCUGAGGAUCUACCGUUGUGUCUUCUCACUCUCCAUAACCGGGAAUAACAACAGCAGCGCGGUUAAAUCUACUCUGCAGUGAAGUUAGUUUUAGGUUUUACGCCCAUUUACUCUAAAAUGUUCAUCUCUGUCAGGACGGAAAGCAUGACGGCGCUCUUCUUGUCGUUCCAAAAGUGGACGUUCUUUGUGUUUCAGCCAUGUUGUUGUUGAAGUUGCUUUUGAGUCGAAAGUUCUGUAAAUGAUAGCGCCACUUCUUCUCUGGUGUUUUUGUUCCAGGGUUAUAGAGGCGUGGUGCACACGCACAUGCAUCAUCCGAUCAUACUCCGACUACGCUGGUUACAUGGUAGAGAAAAUCGUAUUCCAAUCGCAUUAUCUGACUGUUGUAGUCAGAGUUCUCAAACUCUAAUUAUAGUCGGACUAAAGGUCUUUACACAGCCGGGACGACGCAAAUAUCCGACACGAAAUUAUGAAAAUAUUCGGAGGUGAAUUUUGACCCGCCUGACGAUACACAUCAAGCUUGAUGCGAUUUUGGGACUUUUCGGGGUAAAAAAGACGCGUCCCAGAUGGAAACCAGAAGACUGAUCCAACAGCAGACUGAGUGUUUCUCAGUUCUGAUGUCUGUCUGUCAUGAUAGCAUGGACUGAGUCGGGUCAGAACCAGAUAAGAACAUGAAACUAUAAUCCAUAAACGUAAGGGAACAACAGAGACCUGAUGGUGCUGUGACUGAGUUUACAGUGAAAAUACAGAUGGUCUGUUGUAUCUGAACAGGUUAGCUUAGAGCUAAAGUUACUUAGCACAGAUGAAAGUUCAAACAAAGACGUUUAUCAAACUGUUAAAGCUCACAAACCAUCGUCAUCGGAGAAAUCCGACACUAUGACUCUCCACAACAUCAAAAAUCACUCUGUUCUCUGACACGUAAACAAUCAGACGGUCGGCCAUGUUGGAUCUACCGCUGAAUCUGACGUCGCAACAACACGCAAUCUGAUUGGUCAGAAGUCGACACACAGUAUGAGAAACUUCGACGGUGAUCCAAAAAAAUAAACACCGCAAUAUCGCAGGACGGGAAAACGUCGCUGAUGUGAACGCUUGUACUGACAGGAUACGGGUUCAAAAAAAAUAUUGACGUCUGAAAUAAUCGCAGGAUAAAAAACGCUCCCGGUGUGUAAGGAGCUGAAGUCGUUGAGAUUCUGCCAACAGGACAAAAACGUCCACAGAUCCUCCUGCUGAGCCGGUCCAGACUCCGCUCUGAUGGAGACGCUCAGUUUGAAGAAGACGGUGAAGUUUCCUCAUGACCCCUCAGAACCACCUGUUCCCUAUACAUGAGCAGGUCCAUGAUGUUCUGACUCACCUUCAGCGUGGUUCUAAUGUAGACACACCGCUGACUCGUUCCCGCCCUCUCGCUGUGAUAUACAUUCAGGCUGAGCCGUAAACAUGCGGCAAUAUUGCGCCACAGUUUUCAUCAUCAUCAUCUGUGGGCGUAACCUUUGUCUCCACAGACGCGCCGCUGCAGUAAUUAACCACGAAGUUAAUUCCCUCAAUGGGAAGCAGAGAAACAUCAGGAGUUCAGGGUUUAUUUAGGAAGCGGGUGAUAGCGGGCUAAUUAAGAGCCGAGUAAAUGUUGACGGUGGAUUAGCCGUAUGUAGGUGGAGACAUUGAUUGCCGCUCUAGAAGCCCGGUACAUGCCUCAGUCAUUUCCACUCUCAUGAUAAUCUGUGUGUUUCUAAACUGUAAUAAUGACUUCAGCUCGAACCUGAGAGUUUCUGCACACGGAGCAGGUAACAGAUAUUUUCAUUCCCAUUCUCGGCAAAUGAAAGCACUGACGUCCAAACAACACGGGAAUCCAGAAGUCAAUCGAUUUGCAGAAAGCCCUCCUGUGUUCAGGUUAGGCUGUGAUGUGAUUCACCUUCAUCUCCAGCCAGCUGAAUAAAGGAGUAAGAGGAGGAGGAGGAGGAGGAGGAGGAGGAGGGCGAGCCGCUGACUGAAAGGAAGAGAAAGCGAGAGUUCGGGCUCCCAUUGACAGCACAGCCGGUCGGAUGUUUGAGCGUUUCUCUGUGUGAACCAAGGACACGGGGGGAAAUGGGCUCAGUGGGAGGACGUAUUGAGGCAGGCUUACUUAAAAAUCAUGUUCUUUGAAUCAGCGUGAAGCCGCAUUGUCCACCAACCACCGGGGUUAUGCAAAAUGUCUCCUCCUGCUAUGUUGAAUUUCAUUUUUAGUUCUUUUUUCUCGGUUUGGCUCCGAGGCGUUUGGAGUGUGUUUGUGUAGCCUUCUGUAAAUCGUCCUUCCACUCCUCUUUGUCUUUGUUCUGAAGAUAUUUGUGAGGAGGAAGGAGAGGGAGCAGAGGAGAACCGCAGACAGGAGGAGGAGGAGGAGGAGCGUUUAGUGUUGGAUUGAAUCUAGAGAAGAGAACCAGAGUGUGUCUUCACCUCAGGACUCAGAGUUUGUAAAUCCAGCUCAGAGGCUCCGAUAACUCCCCUGUCCCUGUUAGUUUGGUCCACAGACUGUUUUUAUACUCAGGACUAAAGUUCUCGGUAAUUCUGCGUUUUUUCUCCACUUCCUGAAACCAACAUUGUUCAGUAGUGUUGAACACAUUCAGCGGACGAGUCGCUGUGAUGACGCUCGGCUCAAACAGCGUAUCCCCAGGGUGCGAUAUUUUUUUUCGUUGGGUGGUAGGGGAAGGUCCCGCCUCCUUCACCUCUGAUAGGCUAGAAAAGCUGGGCUUCGAUUGGUUAUUCCUUAUGGCUAUGAAACGUCAUCACACGCUCAAGCCGGCUGUCGGCUCUGAACAUCGAACAGAACGUUACAGAACAUUAUCACAGUCCUGAAUCUCCUAACCCUAAUUCUGCGUUUGAGUUUCCUCUGCAGUCAGAUGUCGGAGCUGAAAAUGAUGUCACACCUGAGUCACCUGUCAUCACGUCGGAAAAAAGCAAAAUCGGAGGUGGAAACAAGAUGGCUUCAUCAACGAAAGUGCUUGCCUCGUCUGAAUAUAAGGCAAGCGCUAAAAUAACUUUUGUAGAUGUAGCCAUCUUGUUUCUGCCGGCGGGGUUUAUGACCUAUACUGCAGCCCGUCACCAGAGGGUGCUGUUCUCACCGAGGCUUCACACAGCGAGGAGGCAGACGGCGUCUAUUCAAUCUACAGUCCAUGGUUUGUCUCAGCCCCUCCUCUCAGUUUGGUUCCCUGUCCUGCGUCUGUUUCAGGAUCAUGAGGCGUCUAAGAAAACUCUGAUUGACUCGGCGGUCUGAGCGUCGGCAGUCUGAGCGUCGGCGGUCUCAGAGUCGUUUUUCAAACAGCGCAGAAGUCUGAGGAUUUCCACAGCAGAGUCAUUUGGACUGAAACAAACAGAUGAGAUCAGCUCGUUUCUUUUCCGCUCGUUUCACCUCCAGAUCUUUUCUUAUUUGUUGAGGAAAUAAUGAGCGUGCAUAUUUGAGCAACUUUAUUAUUCCCUCCUUUUUUCUAUCGAUAAGCCCCCGGCUGUUUUCCUCUCUGCUGCUCCUGCUGCCUGUGUGUGUGUGUGUGUGUGUGUGUGUGCAGAGCGAACACAGAGAAAAGGACACACCUUUGCAGCAGCAGCAGCAGCACAGUGGAGCCUCGUAUUGACUCGUACCUGUAGCUCUGAUUAUCUGCUGUACAGCGUCGGCUGAUGGGAGGCUGAUGAACCCAAACCAGGAGCUGACAUUUCCCUGCCCUGUGGCUGAGGGAGAGGCAGGGGGAUGCAGGUGUCCGUUCAGGUCUAAUGGGCCAUCCAUUCACUCGUUUAAUUGAGUGUCUUUUAUCUGCCUCCGGUGACCUCUUUUAUUCUCUAUCCCUCCCUCUUGGUUUCCUGCACUCGUCUGGUUUUUUCCAGAGCCCCUCCCUUCCUCCCUUCCUCCCUUCCUCCCUUCCUCCCUUCCUCUCUUCCUCUCUCGGCUCGUCUGACAGCUCGCCCAUCUGCAUACAGCUGACUCUGACUCUAGGCGUCACGGAUCAUGUCACCUGUUGUUUUAGGAGGGACUCUGACAGGCUGUGAGGAAACACCAGGAUCAACACUUUGGACAUGAAACCAAAAAUUCACACACAAACCUUUUUUCUCUCUUUUUUCGCCCUCCUACGUUUUUCCCUUUUGUCCUUCGCUGUCCUUCGCUCUGUGGUGUCUUUGUCUCUCUUUGCCUCUCAGCUUGUCUCCCGGUCCUGCCCCUCCACUUUGUUCUCUCUCACUAUCAUCACGCCUCUCUCUCCCUCUCUCUCUCUCUCUGCUCUCACUGUCCUUGCACACAGAGAUCGUCAGAUUGCGGUCCAAAUCUGUGAAGAGUGAAGAGCGUUUUCAGCCUCACUGUAGCUUUGGUACCAAGACUGACUUUAUAAGACGUUCAUGGUCACAACGUUUCGUUUUAACCGUUUUAAACCGUUUUAAAACACAAAACUGGUUUGUCUCAUGGCUUCAAACUGGGUCCUGUGGUGUUUUCAUCAUCAUGACCUGAAAACCAGUCAGUCAGAACCAGAACCUACGACCGCAGAACAAGAUUCAGAACCUCUGUAAGGACUGGAGAUGUGCAGAUAAAGAUGACUAAAUGACCCGUCAUUACCCUCGCAGCGUCAGAACUGGAUUUAAGCUGCGUUCCAGUUACCCCAGAAGUCAGAUAUCGGCGCUGGGAGUGACGUUAAACCCGAAAGUCGGAAAACCAAGAUGGACGCCUACUGUCAGCCGUUGUCAGCUGUCAUUGGCCGUUAUCGGCGGUUGUUUGUCGUUGGUCAGAACAACAUAAACCACUUAUUUAAUUUCACAAAAACAAACAGAAGUGCUGAUAAAUAAAACAUAACUGGACCUUUCAUUGUUACUCUGUACUGUUGAUGCACUGGGCCGCCAUCUUGGACGUGAAGAAAUGUGGGACCAGAAUGGGUGUAAACUGUGAGGUGGACCCAGAGCUGAGGGUGCUGAAGUAUAAAGUAUGGUCCCAGUCUGAGCGAUGUCUCUCAUUGGUUUGUGAAGCAGAGUUUUGACUGGUUUAGAGGCGGAGUUAAGGCAGUUUUGACUGGGUUAGAGGCGGAGUUAAGGCAGUUUUGACUGGGUUAGAGGCGGAGUUAAGGCAGUUUUGACUUGGUUAGAGGCGGAGUUAAAGCAGGUUUGAUUGGUUAGAGGCGGAGUUAAAGCAGUUUUGACUUGGUUAGAGGCGGAGUUAAGGUAGUUUUGACUUGGUUAGAGGCGGAGUUAAAGCAGGUUUGAUUGGUUAGAGGCGGAGUUAAAGCAGUUUUGACUUGGUUAGAGGCGGAGUUAAGGCAGUUUUGACUUGGUUAGAGGCGGAGUUAAAGCAGGUUUGAUUGGUUAGAGGCGGAGUUAAAGCAGUUUUGACUUGGUUAGAGGCGGAGUUAAGGUAGUUUUGACUUGGUUAGAGGUGGAGUUAAGGCAAUUUUGAAUUGAUUAGAGGCGGAGUUAAAGCAGUUUUGACUUGGUUAGAGGCGGAGUUAAGGCAGUUUUGACUGGGUUAGAGGCGGAGUUAAAGCAGUUUUGACUGGGUUAGAGGCGGAGUUAAAGCAGUUUUGACUGGGUUAGAGGCGGAGUUAAAGCAGUUUUGACUGGGUUAGAGGCGGAGUUAAGGCAGUUUUGACUGGGUUAGAGGCGGAGUUAAAGCAGUUUUGAUUGGUUAGAGGCGGAGUUAAAGCAGUUUUGACUGGGUUAGAGGCGUAGUUAAAGCAGUUUUGACUUGGUUAGAGGCGGAGUUAAGGCAGUUUUGAUUGGUUAGAGGCGGAGUUAAAGCAGUUUUGACUGGGUUAGAGGCGGAGUUAAGGCAGUUUUGAUUGGUUAGAGGCGGAGUUAAGGCAGCAUCUGGUUUCUUCUGUAAAGUCAGUCGGACCCUGGAUCGUGGAAAACUUCAAACUAAAGAGUGAAAUAAAAAACUGAACAGUGUGAUGAAGGAGAAAUGAUCUGUUCAGGAUGAGCUUAUUGAUGGGUGUGUAUUUGGCCUCUAGUGGACACUUGGAGAACUGCAGAUUUUAGGACAGACAGGAGGCUGCUUUACUGAGUGUGUAUUUUAUUGUGUAUUAUCGAACUGUGCGUUUUUAUGUUGUCGACUGUUUCAGGGUCUUUUCGGACCUCUGAACCGGUCCUUCCUGGUCCGUCUUGUUUUUAGCCGACUUUAUGAAUCUAUGUUCUAAAAUCCAGAUCUGUGAGUCAGAUCUAGGCGUGCAGAUCUGUAUCUUCCUCUCUCAGUUUCUGUUUUUGGAGAAUUUCAGGAUUUCUCUGAGACGUGAUCACAGAUCUGUUUUAUCUUUAUUGAGAUAUUUUUAAACAUAUUCAGUCAGUCUGUGUUUACAAGCUUCUUUUCUUCAUUAUCUGUCUUUAAUGAUAAUUACCAUCUGUGCGAGUAUCUGUAAAUUUAUUAUAAUAAUUAGAUGAUUUGAAGCCCGUAAGGUGUGUCUCUCUCUCUCUCUCUCUCUGCUCUUCAAAAACCAGCUGCGACUGUUUAAGAUCCACCUCCUGAAUUAAUUCUUGACCUUUGGUUCUGACUGGGAGAUAACAUCUGCCCCGCUACAAGAACGACCGUCUCGUUUUACAGCCAUUUUGUUGGAAAUGACAAAGGGACGAGUGUAAUACAGGGCCAUUUUGAUGAGCGGGAGAGCGGCGAGAAUUAGAAGGAGAGCGGCGGGCGAAAGAUGAUAGAGUCUCUAAUUUGCUCUGACCUAAUUGCAACAUUAUAAAUCGAGCUCCUUUUUAGCUCCUCACCAAGGUCAGCUGCAGCGAUCAUAUAUAUGUCAAACUCGUGUUGGAGAUAUUAGAGGCUCCGUUUCUGAAGCAGGUUUCAGAGCCUCUGAAAAGUGGGAGGAUUUGGCAGGUUUGCAGAGACACAGUUGGAAAUCUCAGCGCUUCACUUUCAGAGAGUUUGUGUCUGAAGGCUCCAAGAUUUCAUCUCCGUCUAUUUGGCGAAUCCUGGAGCGCUGUAGCCUCCAAAUGUUGGAGACGGAGAGUCUACGCCGCUCCACGCGUCGCAGCUGCGAGGCCGUAAAUUGGUGAUAAAAACGCUCCAACUCCUUUAACUCAACGGGAGGAGGAGAUUAUAAACCCCACACACACACGCGCUCACGCUUUGUCCCGAUGUUCUCAAGGAUGAACUCCUGCCUCUUUUAGCCCCUGGUAGAUAAUUAGCAUCUCUCACACGUGCUUGAGCUUGAUUAAAACUCGGUUUACGGCGAGCCGCGCUGUGAGGUCGCCAUCUGUCACCUGCUGAGGCCACUGCGAGACGAACCCCAGUCAUGGGGAGCGAGGAUGGUGGUGUUUUUAUGUGUGUGUGUGUGUGUGUGUGUGUGUGUGUGUGUGUGUGUGUGUGUGUGUGUGUGUGUGUGUGUGUGUGUGUGUGUGCUGGUGUUUGAUGAAAGAGAAGAAGAAGAAGAAGAAGAUGAUGAUGAUGAUGAUGAUGAUGAUGAUGCACCAAAAGAGAAAUAUCAGAGAGGAGAGAGAGAGCCUCCUGGUCAAUAAACACUCCUCACAUUUAUCAUAAAUAUAGUGUAUUUAUAGACAGAGAUCUAAAUCAGGUAUUUCCAGCUCUGGCAGAAAUCUCUCCUGACUGCAGUUUUGGGAUUUGUGUUGAUGUUGAGUUGAACUUCUGACCUUACAGCUCAGGUUUCAGGAAAACUCGUGUUUCUUCCUGGAUGUUUAGAGUGGGUGAGUGAGCGAAUGAGCAAGCGAGUGAGUGAGCGCUCGGAGGCUCAUAAAACCCACAGUCUGUAAACGCUGUUGUGUUUCUUCAAAAUGUUCUUCAAUCAGGUCGUGUUUUCACACUCAAACAGUCUAAUAGUCGAAGUAAAUCACUGCUGAAGGUGUGUGUGUGUGUGUGUGUGUGUGUGUGUGUGUGUGUGUGUGUGUGUGUGUGUGUUAGAUCUUCAUGCUUUAACCACAGAAGAUAACACGUUAAAAACUCGCAGAUCUUUGGAGUCCAUCAGUGACGGAGAGGAGAAGGAUCUCUGAAGAGAGACGAUAGAAGGACGACUGAGAGUGACGAAGUAUUAAAGCUCGACUAGAUGAUGACAGAGAAGCAGAUUUACCCCCGAUCUCCACCUUCAUCCUGCUCGUCUACUAAAAGGUCGUAUCCUCCGAUCGUAGCUGAUCGUAACCAUUCAAGUUAACGUGUCAAUUUACACCGACUUCUUUCCGUUCCUCUGCGGAUCGCCGGACUCCUCAGCUGAUCACAAGAGUUCUAUUUUUUCUGGACGCCGGAGCAUGGCGGAUAAAUUCAGCACAGAUUAACCCGUGCUGGAAAGGAAGUCGGGCACAGACACAAAAUAAAACAUGGAUCCACAGGUUGUUUUGAGUUCUCGUGAUUACCGCCGUCUGUAAUCCGCCACAAAAUUCUCCUCACAAAUGGAUCCAGUAGGAACUGGACGACGGCGUAAAUUGCCGCCAUUCGGAGCCGUUCUGGAUGUGGUGGAUCUCAGGUAAAAUGACUGUGAGGGUCCGGCUCAUGAGGGGGCAUCAGGAUCUUCAAGUCCUCCAUGUGGUGGUUCUGACGUCAAAGUGUUAAAGAAGGCCGAAGAUUACAGAGGAGCAGGUCCACUUUGUCCACAGGGGGCGCCAAAAACCAAAAUUAAAACUCCUCCGGAAGAAGUUUAGCCAGAACUCGUCAUCAUGAGGAAAGACCAACGAGAAGAUUUCAGACUCAGAUGAAGGUCCGACCUCAGCAUGUGGUUCUCCAGGAUCCUCCUCUGAGAUCUGCUGUACGGUAACGUUACGUCGACUUAUCGAGGUCCGUUCUGGACUGGAACAGAGAACCGGGUCUCCUGGCUCAGAGACCUCCUCACUGGAGAGUCUGUGAGUUCUUCAGGAUGGUCUCUGAGUCUGAACUUUAUCAAACUAAAACAGGAGGAUCAAUAAACUUCUAAAAACUGUCAUUUUAAAAUCUCACAGGAACUUUCUGGUCUUCAUGUCAGAGCAGAAAAUAUUUUCAUUUUUAGUCGAGAUCCCGUCGAGCUGAAGUGGACCAUGUGACCACGGCGGGUGGCGAGGAGGACUUUAGAAACAUGUGACUGAAGUUUGUCUUCAGAUCACUUUUAGAAAAUGUCACUUUGGGAUUUAUGACAUUUUUACACAACAAACAGUUAUUGAUCAGUAGAAAAUGAUUGACAGAUGAAUCAGCGAUGGAAAUAGAAAUAAUCAAGGAGAGAUGUUUUUCUCCGUUUCCUGUUUGCGUGUCAGUCGGAUGAGGAAGAGGAGCGUUUAUUUUUAAACGUGAUGAAGGUCGAGUGUCUCAGAGCGAACAUGCAGAGGUUUCUAAUUCUGCAGCAGAGGAGCUGGAGUACAUCGUACCGUCAUGGUAAACUAUUUCUGACCUCGUGUCGCUUUAAGGAGAUUUUUUUAAUCUCAGCAGCAGGCGGUAAUUUCUGUAAAGUGUGUUUGAUGAUACUGAAGCAUUUGGCACCGACUGCGUCCCUAUGUAGCUCUAAGGAGCUCGCCUAAUCUCAAGAGCAGGCCCAUAUUUCUGUGAAAUGUGUGUGUGCAGGCGAGUGUGUGCACUCAGCUGCAUUUAUACGUCUUCUUCCCUCAGAAUUUUCCUUUCAGUCUUUGCACUUUGAGAGCGGUGGAGAGGUUUGAAACUACGAGACAGAAAUCAUGGGGGACUUGAGCGAUUCAAGGCCUGUGGAAGUGUACUCACAGUUUGGCACAAUUAGUCCCAAAAAGGGGUCCCUGCUUGACAAAUUAGCACACAAAAUGUCAGCCGGUAGUUUAGCACAUUCACAAUAAGCCCUCGCAAAUUAGCACAUAUUUAGAGGAGGGAGCUGGCGCCUUAUUAUGAACCGAGAGAGAGAGAGCCAAAGAGGCAAAUGAGCACAUCUGCUGCCAGCUCUGAAUUAAUCCAUGUUAUAUGGUCGCUGGUUCUUCUGUGUGGAGUGAGAGAGGAGCGAAGACCCUGGUGUGUGUGUGUGUGUGUGUGUGUGUGUGUGUGUGUGUGUGUGUGUGUGUGUGUGUUUGUGUGUGUGUGUGUGUGUGUGUGUGUGUGUGUGUGUGUGUGUGUGUGUGUGUGUGUGUGUGUGUUUGUUAUCAGACAGGAUUGACCUUUCGUUGACGCCGUGGUUCAUCAUCAGCUCUUCGGUCCACUCUGGUUUUCUUUGGUGGAUCUCCUGUUCGUGUUUCAUCUCUCCAUCAUCGGUCACCUUCUCUGGGCUCAGCUGUUUCUUACCUGACACUCCUGUUUAGGCUCAAUCUUUGGGGUGCGUGAUUGUGUGUAUGUGUGCGUGUGUGUGUGUUCCCACGUGUUUGUUGCAGAGUGUGAGUCAGCCGGAGGCUUAGCGUCCGGCGGUGGCAGGUGACAGUCCGGCGUCAGGAGGCUUUGAGGUGACAGGAGAGAUUCUGUAGCGGAGGAAUAAAGACAGGAUAACGCCGGCUGAAGGAUGUUCACUGAAGCUGCUGCAGACGUUUGUUUUAUUUUCAGGUUUUCUUGAUUUAAAGUUUCUUUCAAAUGUUUUAUGGUCGAGUUUCACCUCCGAGAUCUCUCCUCUGUACGUCGGUGGUUCCCGCUCUCUGAUUGGUUUAAAGUUUGUUUCCUAAAGGAGUCGACCAGAUUCAGACUCAGAGAUCCUAUCAAGUGUUCCCUCAGAAAAUGUGACUCUAUUAACCGUGUUUACUGCUCGCCUUAUCUUCUCCUUACACGACCAAUACUCUCCAGAUGAUAUCGAGGAGGAGAGCUGGUCAAAUACGCCCUGAUGUAUCACCUGUGUUGACAAAGCAGUUAAAGCCGUGAGUGUGUGUGUGUGUGUGUGUGUUUAGAAACGCCUCUGCGUCCCCUCACACAGAUGAUGAUGUCGGUCUGUUAGUCAGAUAUCUCGGCGUCUCUUCUGCACAGUAGGGAGAUUUCAGGGCUUUUCAGAGAGGGGGUUGACCCUCAUGUGGCGCAGGAAGGUCAGUCCACCACAAGGGGAGCCUCAGAUUAAUGACCAGGGGCGGUGACUCUCUGUGGGCCUUCAUGCAUCAUGUCCCAUUCAGCGCCAAACAUGUCAGGGAGCACCCCAGCGGGGAAUAGCGCGGAUAUUUACGGAGCGUCUCCGUCACUUUGACCCUCUGAGAGCAGAUCGGACCGGACCGGGUUCUGUUGGGGGGUGGUGGGUUCAGGUCCUUCAGCUCAUAACUGACUGUCUCCAAGCACAUACCUGGGCCACUUGCCCUAGCGACAGGGUUGCUCGCUGGUUGCCAUGGCACCCAUCCUACAGCCCGCCGCCAUCCUGCAGCUGUGCUGCUGGUCAUUAGUCACACAGACAGGCCGUAUGCACUAUCACAACACCCUCGCUCUUCCAAUCAGCUGCUCCUGAUCCAAAACUGCAGAAGGUCUCUCAGCUAUAGCAUAGCUGCAUGAGUAACCAUGGCAACAUAUCUGACUCCCAUCUCCCAGAGUACAAGAGCAUCCUUUUGUCGGAGAAGCUAAUUGUGAUUCCGUUCAUCGUUAAGUGAGAGACACCUUUUUUUUUAAUGUUGGGAGUGACGAAUGUAUCCUCUGAUGACACAGAAACACACGAUUACAGGUGAUAUCAGGUAAAAUCAGGUAAAAUCAGGUAAAAUCAGGUUAACGUUGGUCCACUCAGGAGCUCCUUUAAUCAGUUUUUCUCUUCUGAACAUUAAUUUAAAGUUUUUUCAUUAUUUUCUUCAUCGUUUAUGUUUUUGGAGGUUUGAUGUUUUUAUAUCAGGACUAACUUCAGAUCGAAUUUAUUCCUGUUUCGAUAUAAAAGAGUUAAUUUAUGAUUGUUCGUCCUAAAUGUGUUUAAAUUACUGAGCAAACAUUAGGAAGGAAAUGUACAGUGAGGCAGCUUCCUCCCACACUGCUCUCCAUUCCCACUCUCACACACUUACACACACACGCACACACACACACACACGUGCGGAGACACUCGGUGGAUCAGUGGGCCUGUUUCCUCGUCGGGGUGAUUAUCCAGCUCAUAACUCACUCUGAGCUUUCACUCGCACUAUAACUCACACCAAUCCCAGCGAUGGCGACGCCAUCAUUCACGCUCACGCUGAUUAUCUGAGCGGUAACUCACACACCUGUAAUCAGACGGACCACAACGCCGAGCGGCAAGAGCAGGAGGCGGAGGGACAGACAGGUCAUGUGACCGCGCGUUAAUAGACGUUAAGUAAAUUAAAGUCAACUCAGUGUUGUUGUUGAGACAAAAACCUUCUUCGAGGACAGACGUCUGUGAGGUUCUGUUCUUACACCGGGUCAGAACAAAUGAUGUUUUAGUCGGUCUUAUCAUCUUCACUCAUCAAAUCAAACCCUGUGGUUUUAUGUCACAUCACAUCCUUUCAUAUCUCAUGGUAUGGCGUUGGCGUGGCGUUGGCAUUGGCGUGUUGCCGUAUCAUAUCCUCUCUGUCCUGUAUCAUAUUAAAUCAGUUGUGUUAGACUCUUCUGUCACAUGUGUCACGUCUCGUCCAGUUCUGUUAAACGGUUGGUUCUGUUUGGUCCAAUCUCCAUGACAACAACAGACACAGACAGACGCUCACAUAAUCUCAGAUUAACCCUGAAAUAUUAGUUUGUGACUUCACUUCCUCUAUUUAACAAUGGAGAAAAAAAAACUAAGUGAACAUCCAGCAAACUGAAGAAAACAGACAGGAGGAACAAACUGACAAACAGCCCAACCCAGUCUGAUCAACACCGUCGGUAUCCACACUGUACAUCAGGUCAUUUAGACUAGAUUAGAUUAGGUUAGGUUAGAUUAGGUUAGAUUAGAUUAGAUUAGAUUAGGUUAGGUUAGGUUAGAUUAGGUAAAUUAAGGUUAUGUUAAAUAAAGUGAGAUUAGAUUAGAUUAGAUUUGGAUUAGUUAAAAUUGGAUUGAAUCAGAUUAGGUUAGGCUUGGUUAGAUCAGAUUAGAUUAGAAUAGAUGCGUGUAUAUUAGAUUAAAUUGGAUUAGGUUAGAUUACUGUUAGAUUGGAUUUAAUAAGGUUAAAAUUAGAUUAGGUUGGAUUGGAUUGAAUUAGGUUAGGUCAGAUUAGAUUAGAUUGGGUUAGGUUAGACUAGAUAAAGUUAGGUCAGGUUAAGUUAGAUUUCAUUCGGUAACAUUAGAUUGGAUUAGAUUAUCUCAGAUCAUUUAUAUUAGAUUGGAUAAGAUCAGGUUUGUUAGAUUAGAUCAAAUUAGGUUAGUUUAGAUUGGUUCAGAUUAGUUUAGGUUAGAUUGGAUCAGAUUAGGUUAGAUUAGAUUAGAUUGGAUCAGAUUAGGUUAGAUUAGAUUAGAUUGGAUCAGAUUAGGUUAGAUUAGAUUAGAUUAGAUUAGAUUAGGUACUCCUUUAUUAAUGCUAGUGUUGUUGUUGUCCUGUUUUUAUCUUUCAUGUUGUUUCAGUAUUUUCUGACUAACUCUCUCCAUGAACCAGAGCAGAUCUUCUUUUCGUGUAUUUCCAGUAUAAAACAGGAUGAUUAUUAAAUUCACGCCAUCUCUCUCUGUGUUUUUAAUCUCCGUUAAAUCUCAGGAACCCUCUCUAAACGUCUCUGUGUUCUUGAAGGUGUGUGAUUCUCCUCUUCACCAGUGUUCACGGUGUGCCAAAGAAAAUGUGAUGAGCGCAUCUUAAUCCCCUUCUGCUCAUUUUAGUCCUGAUGAAGAGGCCGAUGGAGCUCGGUCUGCUCCCUCAGGGCAGAAGUGUAAUAAUUAUCUAUUAGGUCAGGCUGACAUGAUUCCAAUCAUCUUUAAUGGUGAAUCUCGGCUACCCGUUUCUUUUGGAGAUUAAUGUGCCAUUUCGCUGAAAUGAAAUGCCAUGAAUAGCUGCAUGCUCGCAGAUCGACACAUAAAAACCUAAUUAUUAUAACCCAGUGAGUGACAGCGGAGCACUAACAUGUACUGAAAGACCUGUACUAGUUUACUCUGCGCUCUCAUUUCUCUCUAGACUCUGAAGUCUGAGAGAAAAGUCCGGAUCAUGGAGUGACAGUGAUGAAGUUCACCUCCUCAGGUUCAUGACGUCUCCUCUGUCCCCCACUCCUCUGCUAUUUUUAGCCUCCAUGUCUAUUAUUGUACAUCUCUCCCUCUUCCUCCUUUACAAAGUCAUCACUCUCUCUGUCUUUCUCCCUCAAAAGGACUUUUUUCUCUCGCUCUCAGUAAUUGAAUCGAUAAACAGACUUUAAACUUUUUCUUCUUCAGGAUUUCGUCAAACCGGUUCUCUGUCCUUAGAGAGGACGGGAGCCGUGGACGGACUGCUGAACUUUGCUCUCUCUCUCUCUCUCUCUCUCUCUCUCUCCUUUCAUCUCCCUCUCCUCCCCUCAUUCAUUCUCUUUUAACUUUCUCAGCCUUUAGUCCGUCCUCAAAGGCUCUCCUCCUUUUUUCUGCAUGUUUAUUUCUGAAGUUGAAAGCCUUUCUUGACUCCUCGUCUGUGUGAAACCUGAAAAUGUUCAUUCUUGACUCCUAAUAACGAGCGCUGUCUUUAUUUUCACUAAAACCCUGAAAAUAUCUCGUCCAUGAAGCCUCUGAACCCUUUAGUUCCUGUUCAUUUGAAGAUCCAUCCAGCCGACUUUGUCCCCAAAACAGACAUGCAGAGAAGAGUUUUCAUAAAAUCAUCAUUUUUUUCACUUUUUUUUUUAAACUUUUUUUUGACUCAGAUCUCUUAAACAACUUCAGCCCUAACCAUUAAAAAAGUAAUGAAUAAAAAUUUCAACAUAUGUCAGUUUUUGUGCAACAUGUUAUAUUUAUUGAUAAAGUCUGUUGGAGCAGAAAAACUCGACAUUUUCACCUCCUUUUCUCGAACCUCGUCCUAGACCAAAUCAAAUAUGAUCAAAUUCAUUUAUUCAUAUUAAAUUAAUUUUAUAUAUAAAUAUAUAAAAUCAUCAGAUCUCUGUAAGAUAAGAAUCAUUUAUGAGUGUUUAUCCUCCUCUAACUAAAAUCUGACCCUGAUUACUCUGAUAUAAAAAUAACUGUAUAUUUGAGAUGUGAUAUCUUCUCCCCUGAUGAUCUGAAGGACCUGUUCAUCCUCAUGCAUGUCCAUCCACCUGCUCUGAAGUGAGGACAAAGUAGAAAUUGUCCAAAUGUCCCCCUCUCUUUGUCCCACACUGCAGAACUUGGACGUCAGAUUCUCGACUGUAAAAACUCCCAGCAUGCCCGGUUCUAAACAUGGACGCAGAUUCUCACCCGUGCACACACGCAGGAGCACACAGACUUCUCCUUCCACACAUAUCCCACUCUGAGACAUCCAGAUCUAGUGUCAAAAAAAAUGUUUUUAAUGGAAGUCUAUUGGCCGAUUUGUGGACAAAGGAGGGUGGGCGGAGCUAAAAUGUGGCGAUGGAGAACUACAGGUGACACCGAGUUUUUUAUUCAUUUACUUUUUAAUAUGAAGAAAAAUCAGAACUGUCACUAAAUUUGACGCCCCAGUCUUUAAAAAUGUGACUGUCAGAAUAAAGAUGAAAGAUAUCCUGAAACAGACCGAGAGUUAAAGACAUUUCCCCUCAAACACACGAACAGAGACCCUGUAAAUACGACAAACAGCUCAGCUCGGGGUCUGCAGGUAUUUCUCUGUGACUGUCAGAUGAAUUCAGGUAAUUUACAUGUUAACGUAAUCGUUAAAUGAGAGCCGUUUCAGCGGCUCUGUUCAGGAUUCUGCUCAGGACUGAUGGGCCAUCUGGAGCUUUAAUCGUUGUUGUUCAGCUCCACAUAAUUGACAAGUCUGAUGGGGGCUGUUAUGAGUUGACAACACCUUACUUUGUGUGGGUAAUUAUAUCGUCUCGCUCAGGCUCUGGCGGCGUGCUGAAGCGGCGUGUUUCAUUUGUUUUUGAGUCUUUUUUUCUCCGUCCAUUAAUGAGCGGUUCCAAAGUGAGAUUUUGGUUCGUCUGAAAGGUAAGAAGAUUUCUGAGGAGAGACGCGGCGUGAGUCUCCCAUCAGGACGCUCCGCUAUUACGCUUCGACAAAAGAGAUGUACAAAGCAGAAUAAUACGUGAGCUCCUUUUAAAUUGCUGUAAUUUUAAAAAUGUGAACAUUUUAUCUCCAUUUCCUACUUGACUUCUCCCUCUCAACCUCGGCCUGUCUGUCUUUUCUCUUCCACUUGUGUUUUAUUACUGCUUCUCCCUCAAACUCUCGCUCCUUUCUUCUCGGUCUCUCCCUCUGCUCCUGUUUUCUCUCCUCUUCUUUGAAAAUCACUAAAAUCAAUUGGACAAAAUGGAGGUGUGGACCAUCUUAUCAAAGCGGAGCAGGGGGAGUUAAAGCAGGGCGCCCACCCCUGAACUCACCUCCCCACGUCACUAAUUGCCUGUAAUUAUGAAGAUGACUGCGGCAGAAUGUAAACGGGAGGCGGAGCGGCGAGCUGGUCCUCACCGUAGAUCUGAUGUAGGUUCACAGCGUCAUAUCGAAGGAGUUCAGAUCAAAUGAGAGGUCUGCAGAGACCCUAUUAUUGAUCAUUCAGCCAAAUGUCACUCCUGUUAAAACGUCGAUCACAGUUACAGGAGGAUGGAGGGUUUCAUCAGCUCUUCUUCUUCUUGGUUUCUGACCAUCAGGAGGAAUAUUCGAGUCCAUAGAGAGCGGCCCCUCCGGAGCAGAGGAACUCGCCUUUAAAUUUGCCUUGAAUACAAUCAACAGGAACCGCACCUUGCUCCCCAACACCACGCUGACCUAUGACAUCCAGAGAAUAAACAUCUUCGACAGCUUCGAGGCCUCCAGGAAAGGUGGGUCUGAACAUACAGGAAGUUCGGUUUGGUACCAAAACACUGAAGUUUGUCAUUCAGUUCAAGUCAAAACAGACUUAUUAGAAAAAGGAGAAAUGAAUGUUUCCUUUAGUGAUCGUCCAGAACCGCUCAGAAUAAACACAAUCACACUCUACAAACCGAUCUCAGAGUCACGGACGGUUCUGUUGAACAAGCCGUUCAGAUGAUGAACAGAUGAUGAAAAUCAAACAUUAACUAACAAACAGAGAAAGUCAAUAUAGACUUUAAAUCAGCUGUUUCUGAACAUUAGCUGCUCGACACACGACCAAACUAAGAGAUGUAUGGAUAAAAAUAAUAAAACAUUUAAGAGGAAGGAGCCUCACUCAGGAUGAGAACUGAGAUGUUGUCUUCACGCUAGCCUGAAGUCUAACCCCCAGUUUCCACCUUCAUCCUGAUCGUCUACUAAAAGGUCAUAGCCUCCGAUCGUAGCUGAUCUGCAGGUUCUUGUGAGUUCUCAGGAUUCCUGCUGUCUGUAAUCCACCACGAAAUUCGUCUUACAAAAGGAUUCAGUAGGAAUUGGCAUACGGUGAAAAUCUUUGUUGUUACGGAUCGUCACCGUUCCAGAUGUGGUGGAAAUCCCGGGUAACGUUGCCGGUGUAGUAGAAGUGGCAGGAAACAUAGGAGCUAUUUAUCUGUCAGACACUAAUAUCUGUAGCAGCAUGAUGUAAGUUAAUAUCAUUAUUAGUUUUCUUACGAGCAUUGCAAUCCGCUAACACACGUUUGUUCCGUGAUCAUCCUCUCUACUUCUCUGAGUCUGGGGGCGGAGCUUGAUUUGUGAUGUAAGAAACCCCUCUGUGUCUGAUCCUGCCGUUUGUGUCUGCCAGAGAUUCAGAUGCAGAAAUACUCAGAAAUGCAGUUUCAACAGUAUUUUCUCUGUAGCAUCAGAUAAAUGAACCUGAUUCUCAUCGGAGUCUCUAGGGAGACGUUUUGAGGACUAAAUUUUCCCUGAAACUAAAAAUCUCCUCUCCAGUGUGUUAAACUGAUCCGUGUCUCUUUCGCUCGUUUCCCCGCCAGCAUGUGACCAGCUCUCCCUCGGGGUGGCUGCCAUCUUCGGCCCCUCACACAGCUCGUCGGCCAACGCGGUCCAGUCCAUCUGCAAUGCUUUGGGAGUGCCCCACAUCCAGACCAAGUGGAAGCACCAAGUGUCCGACAACAGGGACUCGUACUAUGUCAGCCUGUUCCCGGACUUCUCGUCCCUCAGCAGAGCCAUCCUGGACCUGGUGCACUUCUUCAAGUGGAGGACGGUCACUGUUGUCUAUGACGACAGCACAGGUACAGGUACAGUGGGUGUCUGUCUUUCUCUUCCAUCAGUAGUUUGCAUGCAGACUGUGAUCGUGUCGAGAACCCGCAGCCUUUCACACCCUCAAAAUGGCAGCAGGUGAACUCCAAAAAGGAGCGCCGUUGCUGCGCUGAGUUCAGCGAGUGCUUUGUAACCUGUCAAGUUAAUUCAGAAAUCAAUAGCUUACUGUUCUGCCUCAGUCCUGCAGGUGCUGCCCAUGUCAGUCUUCCAGGAGAGUGAGCAGCAGCAGAGAAACGCAGAGAACCACGUUACCCAGAAUGACCCAGUGUCUCUUCACAUUAAUGCAGAACUGUAGUGGGGGGGGUCUGACAAGCGACAUUAAUAACACAGAGAGACACUCGAUCUCUGAGGGUGGCUAUCAAACGUGUCUGCGAGGCGUUCGGCCCGUCCUGUGACUUUGUGGAGAGGCGCUUAAUAUACGUUUGAAAAGACGAGGCGUUUUUGAGCCGCAGAGAAGUGAUAUUAUUUUGAUGAGGUAAAACAUAAUCGCUCCAGAGAGAGAGAGAGAGAGACAGAGAGAGAGAGAGACAGAGAGAGGACAAUAUUCAGAUUCUCCCCGGCAAUUUAGGAACCAUUAGGAACGAUGUGGUUGACAACUUAAUGUAAGUAAAUGAGACGGAGCGGAGAGACGAGGAGGUUUGGACAGGUUUGAGGACGGAUUCAGAGACGUCUGAAAGAAACGCAGUUUAACCCUUUACUCUGUUUCUGAAGUUUUUAACCCUUUCCUUAAAGAAACUUGAGUUUUUAAUAAAUAAUAAUAUUGAUAUGUUUUAUUUAUAAUGCGCUUUUACAGGUGCUCAAAGACGCCUUACAAAGAAAAAGAAGAAAAUAAAAUAAAAAAACUUAAAAACAGGCAACUGGACUGUGUAGAGGUUGUAGAGUUGUGUAGAGUUGCCUGUUUUUAAGUCUUCAAGAUAACCAUGACCUGGAUGAAUGAGAAUCUACAUGGACAAAAUAAAAAAACACAAUUUAAAAUACAGAAGAUUUUGAGAAAUAAAACCAACAAUGUAAAAGGUUAAAAAAACACAAUAUGAGAAGACAAUAAAAGAAGAGUUCACAGGUUAAAAGACAAUUUUAAGACAAAUUUUAACCCUUUUCUUAUAAAAACUCUAUUUUUUUUAACCCUUUCCUUUUCUUUGUUUGUUUUUUUCUCAAGUUUGAUCCUUUUUUUUUACCGUCACAUCUGUUGUAUUUAAUUUAAUUUCAUUUAUUCAGAUCUCCGUCAGCUUCAGCUAAGGCCAUCACUAUUCUUCCUGGAGUUUACAGUUAACUCUCCAUCUCAGUGAAAAGAUGAAAAACAUCCAAGACGACGUCAAUAACCACAACAACUGACAACAGCUGACAAGACAAAAACAAACAACAAACACACAAAUAUUACUGGACCUUAUUUUCACAGUGAAGUUAUAGUUCAGAAAUAAUCAGAUGUUCAAAUAUUAACAUACAUUCAACAUGAUUGAAUUAAUUUACAGAAAAAAAUACCCAACAGACUUUAGAUAAAUCAGACAGACACUGAUCGAUUCUACAGAGUAGCUUCAUCUAAAUACGGAUCUGUUUGAUAAAUGUUCUUUAACUCUGAGCUACAGCGUUAACCUGAGUAAGCCCCGCCUCUCCUUCCUCGGACUCGUCUCCUUGACCUCUCCUGUUACAUUAACGCUCUCUCGUUAAGGUGACCUUCUCUGCUCAGACCUCCUCAGUGGUCCGUUUCCAUCGUGACACACCUGACGCCCUGAGAAGUGUGACAGCUGCAUCGCCGCGUCGCCGCCCCCUCUCCCUCCGCCUCCCUCGCCUCCACCUGGUCCCCGGCUGUAAUCACACAGCUUCACGCUCCAGGGCCUCGCAGCGCUGAUUGGAGCCUAUCUGACGGCUGGCAGGAAAAACUAUCGGAGGGGAUAAAAUAUUCACACACGGCCGUUAGAGGAUCCAGAGGGAGAGUCUGAAGGCAUUAGCCGGAGCCCGCAAACAUCCGCCCUGACAGUGUUUCCCAAACGUUGAGCUCCCCUGACAGGUUUUUUCUCCCUUCCUUAACACCUCCCAAAGUGUCAGUUUGAACAAAAGCAGCGAGUCACAGACGUGCCCCAGAGUGGGGAUCUAUCGGGAUUACCUGAGGAAGGCUCCAGGAGCUUCAGGACGCCGCGCUACAAUGGUGCAUUUCACAACAAGACCUGCGUGUUCCUAUUUCACACCAAUCUGUCUGUGGGCCUGAGGGAGACCCCGCCCCACUCCCUCACCCACUCACUCCCUCACUCCCUCACUCAGUCACAGUGAGACCAUUAAAGUGCUCACCCUGCACUUCAUUUCAAAAUAAAAAAUAGGCCUCGCUCUCUUAAAGCGGUUCCACCAAAAAGAAAGAAAAAAAAAAAUCCUAUCUCUCUCCAGUUCCCUCUCCAACGCUCCUCGCCGCUCCAUCCAUUUUUAUACCCAUGACAAGUAAUCAUCUCUCCCAUCACUCCGGCCUCUUUCAUCCCUGCACUCUGAAGUUCUUUACUGAGGGAGAAACUCAUUGUAAUCUCAUCACAGUUUCUCCCGGAGAGCUUUCUACCUGAGCCUGUGGUCGAGAAAUGAAAGGUGAAGAUUGUAGCUCAAUAUGUGACGGGCUCCCCGGGGGGAAAGAACAAGCUGGGCAAACAGAGCGGCUCUCAUCAGAACACGUCUGAAGUGAGUGUGAGAGGGAGCGGAGCGGCGUGGAGCGCCCGCACUGACCACGGCUUUCCAUCAGGAUCAAAUUGAACCUCUUCCAUGUUUUUCUGUGGGGUAUCAGGGGAGAGGAGCGCUCCUGUAAGGUUCUGUGGGCGGCGGCAGAUCUGCAGAGCCAGCUUCCAUUUUGUUCUUUUGGGUAUAAAACAGAGCGAUGUGGCGGCGUGGUGUUAAAUUGUCUUGAUAGGUCUGAAGCGGUGUGUUUGCUUGCCAAGCGUGAGUAGGAGGAUCAAUAGACUGAGGAUUAGGAGUGAAUGCAUAUGAGCCUUUUUCUGCUGAGACCUGAAUCCGCUGGUUCGGUUGGUUUUUGUGGCCUCCGCACCGUCAGAUACUUCAAAAUGGCAGCUGAUCAAACACACGCCGCCGCGGCUGCUUCUUUUAACCCCCUCCUUUUUUUUCACGCUAUAUGUGUCCUCUUAUGUCUGCAGGUCUCAUCCGACUGCAGGAGCUGAUCAAGGCGCCAUCACGAUACAACAUCCGUUUGAAGAUCCGACAGCUGCCCACAGAGACCAAGGACGCCAAGCCACUUCUGAAGGAGAUGAAGAAGGCCAAGGAGUUCCACGUCAUCUUUGAUUGUGGACACGAGAUGGCGGCGUGGAUCCUGAAACAGGUACAGGAUAACAAGCCCGAUCAGAUCCUUCAUCAGGAUCACUGCGAACACGCACACCGCCGACUUUACAUCAGAAAUGACUCUGAUGAAACGGCGUUUCGAGGAAAAUCGGCAACAAACGGUGAAAAUACCGUUUACAAAUGUUAUCGUCUGAUUAAAAAACAGUUAAAGGUACAACAACGGUGGCCCUGAAGGACAAAAAGCUCCUGUGAUGCACGAUAAGUAAGAUCCUCUAUACCAUCAAGAACAUCGAUCAGUACGAACUCUUUCAUGCACAGAAACCACCGUUCUCCAACCUUGAAUUUCCACCGUAUCCUGAACAGCUCCGAUCAGAAACGGCAGCAAAUUUUCGCCGUCCGCCAAUUCCUACCAGAUCCGUUUGUGAGGCGAAUUUCUUGGCGGAUUACAGACAGCGGUAAACGUGAGAACUCACAAGAACCCGCAGAUCCACGUUCAAUCGCACGAUAACGAGUCGUCUCUCUAAAGACAGACACAUAGACAUAUAAGCAGUAGAUUGUGUCCUUCCAGAGGAGGAAAUCUACUUCUAGACUUCUAGAUGUUUAGCCGGAUGUUUUAUUUUGUGUCUGUGCCCGACUUCCUUUCCAGCACGGGUUAAUCUGUGCUGAAUUUAUCCGCCAUGCUCCGGCGUCCAGAAAAAAUAGAACUCUUGUGAUCAGCUGAGGAGUCCGGCGAUCCGCAGAGGAACGGAAAGAAGUCGGUGUAAAUUGACACGUUAACUUGAAUGGUUACGAUCAGCUACGAUCGGAGGAUACGACCUUUUAGGAGACGAUCAGGAUGAUGGUGGAGGUCGGGGGUUAGUGAUAGAAAUACCUGACCGAAGAUCAUCAGGUGAUCCAAACGAGGGAUUGUGGAAACAUGGCGGUGCAAGAUGGCGGAUUUAGGUGUAGAUAUGAAGAGCCAAAGUUAGGAAACAAAAGUAUUAUCAGGUUUAAGUAAAUAAAAAAUAAAUAAAAACACAGUUACUCCAUUUCUACAGAGUUGAAAACUACGUACUGCUCCUUUAAAAGAACAUCAAAAACAUUAAAGUUAUUUAAACUAACGAUCUGUUUUAAUAACCUUACUAAAGGAGGCUGCUGCCCGCCGACGUGGUGAACGCUGUUGUGUUAGCAUUAGCCGCUAAUCUGUGAGCUAACCAGGCCGUGUGUUUUCAUGUCUCUGUGAAGAUUCAGAUUUAGUCUUUUGUUGUUUUUUUGGCUCUGAAUGAAACAGGAGCGAGAGACAAAAACAGAUCAAACUCAGAGUUGAUUUUGACUCGUCACGCUGAGCUCGAUCUGGACGUCUAGUUCCUGUUUUAUACUUUAACGGGUCCAUUCAGAAUAAACGAGUCAUUUGGCCGAACAUGGAGGCAGCUGUUAGUGGAGUUUAGGAGGAGUGGAGUGUGAGAGCAUGAGAGAGUCGGAGAUUUAACUCUCAUUGGAAAAAAAACAAAUUUGAUAAGACGAGUUUAAAAGUGAUAAAAACAAAACGAGUUUAAAGAUGAAUUUACCCUUCAAAAUAAAAGUCUAAAUAAAGUUUUAAACUGAUUUCUUCUUCUUCAAUGUUAGUCCAGAAAUAGUUCAUUAU